AUGAAGUUGCCAAUUAAACUUUUAACAUGGUUAUUUGGGAUAUGGAUGAAAUUUGUUUUGAAUAUUGAAGCAAUUCCCAUAAACGUAUAUGAUUUACAUUCAUCGCGACAAUAUAAUUUUCGGAUAAACGAAAUUAACAAUAGAGAAUAUUCGGGGAAAUUUUUGCACAUUACUGAUAUCCAUCUUGACCCUUAUUAUCUUCACAAUAGAAAACCUGAAAAAUAUUGUCGUCGUUAUGCCAAAAAAUCAAAGAAUAAUAAAUCAGGAAUAUUUGGUACCCUAGGUUCACAAUGUGAUUCACCUCACGAAUUAGUAGAUUCAGCAUUCUCUUUUCUUAAAGAAAACUUUCAAGAUGUUGAUUUUGUAAUUUAUACCGGUGAUUCAUUGAGACAUGAUAGAGACCCAAAAUUACCUUUUUUGAAAGAUGAAGUCGUCUCGGGUCAUAAAGCUAUUGUCAAAUAUGUUACAGAAACUUUUGACCUAAAUAAAACUAAAUUUAUCCCCACAUUGGGAAACAAUGACGAGUGGGAACAUAAUCAGCUUGGAGGUGGAACAAAUACACUUUUCAGUAACUUGACUCAAAUAUGGGCGCCUUUAAAUUUGAAUUUAACAGAUGAUUUUACAAAUGGAGGGUACUUUAGACAAGAUGUAAAUUCAAAACUCAGCGUUCUUAGCCUAAAUUCGUUGUAUUUCUACGAAUCUAAUGAACAAAUAAAGGAUUGCGAUCAUAAAAAAUCUCCAGGAGCAAUUCAAUUGAAGUGGAUUGAAUAUCAAUUGAAGAAUGCAAGGAAAGAAGGAAGAAGAAUUUUUAUUGCACAACAUGUUCCACCGUUGGAUUCUGAUGGUGAACCAUCAUUUCUUCCGAAAUGUCAAGAUAAAUUCGUACAAUUGCUCGGGAAAUUUUCUGAUGUGAUAUCCGGUCACUUCUCUGGUCAUACAAAUCUAGAUGCUUUGACCUUUUUAACAGAAUCCGCUAAUGUUCGUGACAAAUACAGUUUAUACUAUCUUGAUAAGGAUGAAGGCCCUUCAAAGAAUUCGGUCAACAAUAUUAUCUUAGUUUUGAAUAAUGCUCCUUCAAUAGUUCCAAGCAAAGCACAACGCAGGAAUUCGAGAGUACAGAAGGCCAAUGAGUUAGGCAAAGCAGAAUGGGAAAUUGAAUAUAUUGCAAGUGAAUCGUAUAAUAUGAGACAAUUAUCACCUUCGGAAUGGGCCAAUGUUUUAAAUGAAAUGAAAUGCAAACAUAGAGUGUCGGACGUGUUUAUUUCUGUGGAUACUUAUUUGCAAAAGGUAAGCGAGUCUCAGCUUCCUACGCGAAAAGUUGCUGGAAAUACUGACG